GGCAGUUUUAGUUAUUUAGGUUUUUUUCUUCUUUGUAUACGAACGGUGACAUGGCACCGCACCGACAGUCAUAUUAAUGGCUGCCGAAUCUGGGAGGCUGCCGGCAGGACAAGGUCAAGGAAAACGGGGCAAAGGUGCACAGAUGAAAAGUCCAGAGAAAAAGAAGAGAAAAUCCAGCACUCAGGGAGCUGCAUUCUCCCACCUUUCUGAGUUUGCGCCCCCUCCCACUCCUAUGGUGGACCACCUUGUCGCUUCCAACCCUUUCGAUGAUGACUUUGGCCCACCGUCACGUCCAGGAGCAGGGGCUGGGGCUCCGUUCCUGCCCAGCCCGGGAGGUGGCGGUGCUGGGGGCUAUGGAAGUGGGGGCCGGAUGGGAGGGGGUAUGGGGUUCAUGGGAGGUCCGGGGGGGCCAGGUGGCGGGCAACCCAAUCGUAGACCACCUUUCGGGCCCCCGCCACCCAACGCAGGGCCCCAUCACCAGCUGGGCUUUGGGGGCAUCCCUGGCUUUGGGGGUGGUGGGGGAGGUGCUGGUGGGGGAGGCUUCCCCCCUGGUGGGCCCUCGCAGUUCAGCAUGCCCCCUAACUUCAGCCCCCCCAUGCACCCCGGCCCUGGUUUCAACCCCAUGCUCUCUCCUGGAGGCAUGGGUGCUCCAGGAGGGGGGGGUCCCCCACACCCACGUUUCGGAAUGCCACCACAACAGCCCCAGCAUGGACAAGGGGGUGGGCACCCGUUCAACAGCCCCCCCUUACCUGGUGGGGCAGGUCCGAGAGGGCCCCCACAUGGCCCCCUCACCCCCAUGGCUGGCAUGCCAGGGGGAAUCAGCUUAAUGGGUGGCCUGGGAGCUGGUGGAGGAGGUGGAGGAAAUAUGGUGGGGGGGCUUCCUGGAUUACCCCCGCCAGGGCCGUUUCCUCCCUCUCAGGAUGGGCCCUACCCAGGUCCCAGCCCUCCUGGGGGUGAUGAAGGGAAGAACUUUGGUGGAGGAGUGGGACCACAAAGCAUGCCCCCAUCUCAGCAGCAGCAGCAAAACUUAAACCAGCCACCCCCUAACAAUGUCACCCCGGGGCCGCCCUCGUCCGCUGGGCCCCCGCCCCCUCAGCCCGGCGGAGGUGGCUUCCCUGGUCACCCUGAUGUCCAGCCACCCAACCCAAAUGCAGCCAACCAGCCUCCGUCCGUCCCGCCCCCCUCAAAUCCCAACUCCUCGCCAUCUGCACCGCUGAAUGGCCCCCAGCCUCCUCAGCAGCAAGUGUCCAAUCAGCUGCAAGGCCCUAAUUCUGCAGGUGCUCCCACAGGAAACCCUGCCCAGCAACAGCAGCCCACACCCCCCAGUUCUGCCCCUGGUCCCACCCCUUACAGCCAGCAGAACAGCGCACCGGGCCCAGCUCCCCUGCCCAGCCAGCCACCGGGUUCCGGUCCAGCCGCCAUGACAAAUAACGGCAACGCCAAUAGUUCCAGCAGCAAUCCCAACCCCCCCUCAAACUCUACUCCCACCCCGAGUACCCAGUCCCCACUGCCCCCUGGUCCCACCCCUCCAUCCGGUGCUGUGCCUGGGCCCCAAAAGCUCGGUGGCGGGAUGGUUUUCCCAUGCGGCUUCUGCCUGUCAGAGGUUCACGAUGACCAGGAGGCCAUCUUGUGCGAAGCGUCGUGCCAGCGCUGGUUCCACCGGGACUGCACGGGCCUGACCGAGCCGGCUUACGGGUUGCUGACUCGUGAGAGUGCCGCCGUCUGGGCCUGCGACUUCUGCCUCAAGACCAAGGAGAUCCAGGCCGUGUACAUACGUCAGGGCCUGGGCCAGCUAGUGGCUGCCAAUGAGGGCUGACGCUGUUUCGGGGAGCUUUCCUCUCCCCAGCCCAGUGCCAUGGGAGUGUUUUUUUUCUUUUUGUGUUUUUUAUUAUUUUAAGAAGUCUCACAAAUCGCUCUUUCAUUUCUUUUCUGGAUCAAGAGACACCCCGGUCACUGCCUUGGCAUCCUUUGCAUGGUGUCCUAACCCACUGACGCUGUCCCAAACCGCUACCUCACGUGCGCUGUGACUGACUGUCGUGCCGCCUGACAAUGUCACAGCAUGCACAACCAAGGCCUCCACUACACACUUCACCCACGGCCGUCCAUGCUUUACCCAUGGUCCUUAUAGACCUUCAAUGUGUCUGGGAAAGACCAGGCUGUAUAAAGGUGUAGAUAUGAACAUGUGAUGUUUUUUCUCCAUUUCACAUGGAUUGCAGGAAAAUCCAAUAAGAUGUACACUCCCUGCUUUAUUUUUUUUUGUAUUCAUUAGCUGGACACUUGAGAGCAUUGCAUUAAAUGCUAAAUGAAUCACAUUGUAUAGCAAAGUGUAUUGUAUCAUAUCAUACUUGUAUGGUGUUUGUACACUUCAAUGCAGUAAGAUGUUUGUUUUGUGUGGUCUCUGCUUGAGGCUGUAAGGUAAACUUGAUAAUUUGAACGAAAAAAUGUUAUCGCCUCGGUAAAGGCCUCUGUAAUAGUAUAACUUUUUUUUUAACAUAACUUUGUUAAAGUUGCCUUGUUUUUAGCAUCUCUCCUUAUGUUGUGAAUUUUGUACCGAUAUCUGUGCUGUUCUAUGUACUGUGUUGGUGACUUUCCAAUGGAGGAGAAGGUACUGAACUGAAGUAAAGAGGACAUUUUUGUACUUA